AUGUUUGCGGAGGACAUGACCUGCCUUUUUCAGCGGGCUGAAAACGAGAUACCUGAAGACGCCCCGCUGUGCAAGGCGAACCAGCACGUCGUGUAUGCAGCAUCGCGGCACCAAGAGGUCGAAGUGCAUUGCGAGGUCGAAGCAGACCCGAGCAACGUCACCUUCGAGUGGCGCUUCAACAGCACUCUCCAGCAGCGGCCCCUCAACAGCUUCUGGGUGGAGGGCACACGCAGCGUUGCCCGAUACAUCCCUCACAGCCACACCGAGUACGGCACCUUGCUCUGCACUGCAUCAAACCGCAUAGGAAAGCAGCGACAGCCGUGCCUCUUUCACGUCGUCCAGGCAGGUCCACCGGGGCCUGUGGAGAACUGCUCCAUCACGAACCAGACCGAGGGAUCUCUGCACCUUGAGUGCCAGGCUGGCUCGGACGGUCAUAUGCCAGCCCACUUCAUCCUCUCCGUGCACGAUGUGCUCACAGCCACGGUCGUCGCUAACUUCACUGCCAAUAAACCAGACUAUUGGGUUCACGACCUUCUUCCGGGUGUAGAGUACUUCCUAGUGAUAUCGUCUGUGAAUGAGCGGGGCCGGAGUCCUGAGCUAACCAUUCUGCCUCCGAUUAUGCCUCUAGUGGGCAAACUCACCAUGUCAGGCAGUAAAGCUAAAAUCUACUCCAACGUCUUGCUAAUCGGGGUGGUCGUGUCCGUGUCGCUGCUCUGCCUGUUGCCACUCAUUGUGUUCGCGGCGAUGAAGCUGAGGAGAACUGACUUCUUCAACAAGAAUUGUGUGGCCAAGAAAGACAGCACAGAGAGUGACGCUUGCCCAUCUAUGACGACCGCCAGUCCUCAAGAGGCGAUGCAGCUGCAGAUAUCAUCGGCGUACCCAAAGGAAGACAACCAACUUUGGAUUGUUAAAAAGAGCACCGGACUAUGA